AGUUUGGUCCCACCACUCUCAGGAGAGAAGAGAGAGCAGAAGUCUGUUAUGGCCAACUGACAGGGACUACAUGGGACAGCCCACUCCAGGGAGCAUCUGAUGGGAUUAUAACACUCUUUCUAGCUUACUUUUUUUUUUCCUCCCCUCACUAAGAAUAACUUUGCUCAGUCUGUUGGUGGUGCAGCAUCACAGAGGCAACCCUGUGUGCAACAGGACAGCUUUGUGUCAAGUUUGUUGGAUUUUUAAAGACAGAAAAUACCACUGUUGAGGAAUUUGUUUUGCACUUCAUUUGGAAGAAUUCAAGCUUUCUAUUUCCCAUUUAGGAGUACAGGGAGGGGAAAAACUGCGACAGAAGCGUUUAUCUUGGCACGUCUGUGGUGAGCUGAAAGGAGAACGAGUGAGGAAGUAGUCCCAGAUGAACACUGACAGCUGACACCAUCCUCAGUUUUACUUGAUUUGAUUCGGCCCCAUGUUUUGCACUGUCAGUGAGAUCAUAUGCUAACUGGCCUCUAACAGCCAAGACUCUUUGCCUUUUUAGGCUCUUCACACACACUCAUGCGCUUUGCUGAACCUUUUUGAUUCUUCCUUUCCCACAAAAACAAACGGACAUAUCCUUAACCCUGGGACCAAAAGCUAACCUGUAAAUUGAAUUUCCAGUUUGAUGCACCUUGUUUCCUCACUGAGCUGCAAGUGAAUCGCUUCCAGCCAAUAACUUUUUUUCUUAUAAAUACAGAGAAUACUCAGCAGGCCUGACGUACUGUUACCCUCACUUUCAUUCUUGCUUCAGCUGAUGAGGCUCUUGUGUUUUGCAUAUUGGUGUUGUUUUACGUUUGUCAUCCUUGGACCUGUUUUUCCUGCUGCGUGUUGUCAGAUGGACCCUUAACUUGUGACCACAGGCAACAGGCAACAUAAAGGAAUUUGGUCUGCUCUUCUUUCUGAUUCAUGACAGCAUGGAGGUUUUGGUCGCCCCACAGAAGUUCACUUUGUUUAUCCUUCGCCUCCCAGAGCUGCUAUUCUGAUGCCUCUGUGAACUCUACCUGACUCUUUUUGAACCUCCUGAUAAGAUGAUGAACAAAGACUCCCGCUUUUCAAGGAAGAUGCACGGCAACUUCUCCACGCGCAGGCACUCGUGCAUUGGUUUUGAUGUGGAAAAUGGAUUGUCAGUGGGCCGCAGCCCCCUGGACCCCCAGGCCAGCCCUGGCUCUGGUCUGGUCUUACAGGCCAACUUUCCUCACAGCCAGCGGCGGGAAUCCUUCCUCUACCGCUCCGACUCUGACUUUGACCUUUCACCCAAAGGUCCCUCCAGAAACUCCUCCACUGCCAGCGACCUGGAAGAAAGCUUGAAGCACUGGGAAGUCAACUGGUUGUCAUCUCGACAUACAGAAGACAUGAUCGUCACACCAUUUGCACAGGUCCUUGCCAGCCUGAGGACAGUCCGAAGUAACUUUGCCGUGAUAACCGGCCAGCAAGAUCGCACAGCCAGCAAGACGCGAUCCUCAGGCAGCAACCCACCAUCCAUGUGCAAGACCAGUCUCGCAGAGGAGCCUCACCAGCAGCUGGCCAUAGAGACUCUAGAUGAGCUGGACUGGUGUCUGGAACAACUAGAGACGCUGAAAACUCGACACUCUGUCAGCGAGAUGGCUUCCAACAAGUUCAAGAGGAUGCUGAACCGAGAGCUCACUCAGCUGUCAGAAACGAGCCGUUCAGGGAACCAGGUGUCUGAGUUCAUCGCUAACACCUUCCUCGAGAAGCAACAUGACAUGGACAUCAUGUCCCCACCCAACAAGGAGAAGGACAAGAAGAAGCGGCCCAUGUCCCAGAUCAGCGGUGUGAAGAAGCCCACGCACAGCCCCAGCCUCGCCCCCUCCACCAUCCCUCGCUUUGGGGUCAACGCCAGCCAGGAAGGACUCUUAGGAAAGGAACUGGAGGAUAUAAACAGAUGGGGUAUUGACAUUUUCAAGGUCUCCGAGUAUUCUGGGAAUCGCCCACUGACAGUCACCAUGUACACCAUCUUCCAGGAACGUGAGCUGAUGAAGUCCUUUAAGAUUCCAGCGGACACUUUCAUUACCUUCAUGAUGACUUUGGAGGAUCAUUACCAUGCCGACGUGGCCUACCACAACAACAUUCAUGCUGCAGACGUCGUCCAGUCCACACAUGUCUUACUGUCCACACCUGCUCUAGAGGCUGUGUUUACUGACCUGGAGAUCCUCGCCGCUCUCUUUGCAAGCGCCAUCCAUGAUGUGGAUCACCCUGGCGUUUCCAAUCAGUUUCUCAUCAACACCAACUCAGAGUUGGCCCUGAUGUACAAUGACUCUUCGGUGCUGGAGAAUCACCACCUCGCUGUUGGCUUUAAGCUUCUGCAGGAGGAUAACUGUGACAUCUUUCAGAACCUCAGCAAAAAGCAGAGGCAGUCGCUGCGCAAAAUGGUCAUUGAUAUGGUGCUGGCUACAGAUAUGUCUAAACACAUGAACCUACUGGCAGACUUGAAAACCAUGGUGGAGACAAAGAAAGUCACCAGUCUAGGAGUCCUGCUGCUGGACAACUACUCAGACCGCAUUCAGGUUCUUCAGAACAUGGUGCACUGCGCAGAUCUGAGCAACCCCACCAAGCCUCUGGAGCUGUACCGGCAGUGGACAGACCGCAUCAUGGUGGAGUUUUUCACCCAGGGGGACAGGGAGAGAGACAAGGGCAUGGAGAUCAGCCCCAUGUGUGACAAACAUAACGCCUCAAUAGAGAAGAACCAGGUGGGUUUCAUUGACUACAUUGUUCAUCCUCUGUGGGAGACGUGGGCCGACCUUGUCCACCCAGAUGCUCAGGAGAUCCUGGACACACUGGAGGAUAACAGAGAGUGGUACCAGAGCAUGAUCCCCCACAGCCCCUCACCACACCCAGAGGGUCAGGAGGAGGGAGCCCAUGCCGGGGAAUCCACAGCACUCGGCGGAGGCAGCGGCUCCAUCUCAGCCGACAAGUUCCAGUUUGAGCUGACUUUGGAGGAAGAAGGAGAGUCGGAUACGGAGAGUCCACCUGAGGAAGAGGAGGGCUACAGUGGCAGUAGGGGAUCUGAAUUCUCCAGAACUGAUUCUGCUGCUACGACUCACAUGCUCACCAAAAGGCUCACUACUGAAUCGGGCAGGACGUUUUCUUUAGACUCUGAUAAAGAUAUGGCAGAAGACAGAGAGACAGAGCAGGAAGACGUCUCUGGGGUGCCACGCUUCAGACUUGGAAUAUAGCACCAGUCAAAAGUUUAGUUUCUUUUGGCCUUUUUUUGUUUAUUAUUCUUGAUUUCGGUGCCUCAUCCUCUGUCACUCCCUUUCUCCCACUCCAACCAAACACCUCUGGUUUCUGCGGACAGGGUGACAGCAAGCCUCUGGGGUGGGGACUGUGGGAGUGCGAGUGGGUGUGGGGGGGUGUUAAGAAAGUCUGCAGUUUUACACAGCAGUCACUUGCACUGGAGAGAGACAGAUAGACUGAGUCACUUCUAAUAGAGGACAGGAAACCAAGUUUCUGACCGGUCCUUUGUGUUCUGUGUCUUUCUGUCAGAAAUACUGUGGAUGAAGUUCUGCAGAGACAAUGAGAAGUUUAAAAACAAACUUCCCCUUUACCAGCCAACCCAAGGUCUACUACAACAAAUGACAGAACUGUCUUCCUCUUUUGUGAAGAAAGCGAGGAAGUGAUGAAUGAGCGUGAAAGCAGGACAACGUCUUGUGAGACAUCUUGCCAAACUUGCGAUUUACAGGGACAAUGCUGUUUUGCCUGCCUUUUUAGUUUUGUUUGUUUAUUUUGUUGUCUGUUAUUUAGGUCCAUAUGCAGUGAAAAUGAAGACACAGUUAAAAGCAGACUUCAGAGCAGUGUAAGCUAAUUAAAGGCAGAAAGGAGCUAUGCAUGAUUUUAUGCAGGAAAGCUUAAAUGUAGCAGACUUUUUGAGUGACUCUAUCGUUGUUAUUGUAGCACUCCUUGCAGCUGGUGUUGCACAGCCCAUUUAAUUGUGCUCAGCAAGCAGUAAUCUUGUAAGGAAUAUGAUUAUAAUGAAGUGGCUGGUAGUACAUAUUAUUUUCAGAUGCUCUGUUGUUGCAGGCUUUCCAUUUUUAUAAUCCUAAACUAUGAUAUUGUCAGCGACAAAACUGAGCCAGGGUCAGUGUAGUGGUAUACAGUCGAGGAGUUGCAUCCAAAGCAUUGUGGGCUGUGCACAUGGUGCCUCCCAGUGGUGACAAGAGGAACUGAAGCUCUGGCAUCGGAGGCAGAUAAUUUGCAAGUUUUUUGCAUAGGCCUUUAUGGAAAAUACAUUCAAAUUAACUCUAGGAGUGCCCGAAAUAUCAGUUAUGUUUCAGUUUUGUUGCUCUUUUGAUUUUUUUUUUCUAAAUUUAAAGUCACUAUUUUUUGCGUUCUUUAUAUUUGGCACCAAUUGUUAUCAGUUUGCCUUCAAGUUUAGCACUUUACAGGUUGGUUCAUGGCUGGCCCUCAUCGUGGUUUUUAAGGGCUCGAGCCACAACAUGAACACAAUGACUGCAGAACAGUUUGUCAGUGGCUGUCAAGCAACCAGCACAGGCAUCAUGCAAAACUAAACACUACAGUACAGCUAUGAAUGCAUUAAACUAUCCAUUCAAAUCCAUUAAUACAUACGUACUCUUUGGUAGCAUCCAUUUGCAUAAAUAACUAGACUGAUAAGGGCAGUGUGUUAGAGGCAUAGGGUUGUAAAGAAGGAUGUUAGCAUCAUUGUAACUGUAAAAAAAAAAAAAUAAUCCAGGAGACAGUUUCCUGUGCCAGAAUUUUUUUUCAUCCUUUUUUCUCUCACUGAUCAAUACUUCGCUCUUCACAGGGACAUAGUCAAUGACAAAACAAGUGCCAAGCAAGCAUGACACAACCCGUACUGUAAUUUCCAUUUUGCCACUGGCUACUUUCCAUCAGUGACUGAUAAAGUUGGUUGAUUGUAGCACCCCGUGUGCCAAUCUGACCCUAGUGUCUCUGCUCCUUUUUUAUCUAACUCCUGUUCAAACAGUAACUGAAACUGAUAUUGUCUUAAACAAAAAAGGUGAUGUGUUGUGCGUUGUUGUGCGUGAGUGAAUGAGUGGGUUUUGAUGUAUUUGCUAAGAAGAAACCAAAGCACUUUGUACGGUACUUUUACAGUUCUGCACUUCCAGUACAGUUGAACAUGUAUAACGUGACUGUUUCACUGUUUUUCUGUUGGCAAACGGCCUGGUGGUUGAGUUGAAUUGCACGGGCUGCACCACUACAGCUCUUAAAGGUCGGAUGUUGGAGGGACUGAAGUUGUUAUUUUUUUGUUCUUUUUAUAAUUGACUGUACAAACAAGAUGUGUUUUGUUGAAAUGCAUGACAUUGGCUGCAGGAUUUGAAGAAGAUUAUAUAGAGAACUUAAGAAAUUUAGCCUGUGGAGAAACUUGUUUUGUUUUAUUACCAUGAAACAGAGUAAAUCAUGUUUUAAUGUGUGAACAGAUUUUUUUUUUUUUGACGCCUUAUUUUCAAACUGUAUUUUCUGGUCAUAGAUGUGUCUGCUGACAUGCUGGAGUAAAACAUGUGCAAUCCUUUCCGUAGCCAUAAACCGCACCAACCAGACCAACACUCAAGGAUGCCUUCAACACUAAGGACUAUUUAACAGCAGCCUAACCAGCACAACAUGCGAAGAUUCAGUCUGUCUCUCUGCGUGUCACUAAUUAUUUGAUUUUGUACAUUUUCCUCACAAUGCUUCAUGUACAGUUUAUUUAUUAUUUCUAUAUUAUCUGUCAGAAACGAUGGAACAGUAGACUUUUUUUAGUCUGAGGUCUAGUACUUAUGUGUAGCUCGACGUGUGACAAAGUCGCACAGGACAGAUUUCAACUAUUACUCAGCUUUGUUUCCCUUCUCGUUUCAUUUCUUUAUGUCUGCAAAUAACAUUAUACAUAAGCAAAAAUACUCACUUCCAUGUUUUCUCGGUAUAAAAAUAGUUUAGCGACAGAUUUCCGUCAGAAACAUCUCUCAUCUCCCAUCUUCCUCUGUUUCCACUGAUCUGGUCAGAUCAUGUAUUCAUGAAGGAUCUCACAGUAUGCGUGCUGAUCUGAGACUUCUUUGAUUCAUAGUGAAGAUAAUAUAGUCACACUGCCUCAAGUCAUCCUAGAUCAGUAUUUCUGUUUUUAGAGAUUUCAUGAAUAUGGGUCAUGAACUAAGACUCUGCAGCUUUGACAAUCCAAACUCUGCUGUUUAACUGCGGGUGUGUUAGCCCUCUCUCCAGCUAGAACUGUAUGCCUUGCCAAUAAAGGAAAAACUCUUCACUCUU